AUGAGAAUCAUUGAACACGAGAGAGAGGAGCUUGUCCGCCUGGAAAAGGAGUUGGAGUUGUUUCGGCGCAACUCGCGCUUGGCUACAUCGGUGCUCCAGCGGUUAACCAAGGAGCGGAAGUUUCAUGUUGCCUGCUGGCUUUUGGGCAAAUUGCAGUUCAGCGGUCUGCAGGGGAACGAGAACGAGCAGCGUUCGCGAGCCCGUUCUCGUGCCUUCCACUACGGAGCCGUCCUGGGAGCUCUGCAAAAAGACUGGGAGAAGGCGCUCUCCGUGAUCGGCUUGGCAGAGGCCGAGGAGAAGGGGCGAGUGGAUGUGAUCGGCUACAACGCAGGGGCCACGGCAUGCAACAGGGCCAGCAGCUGGCGCCAGUCCCUGAAUCUCCUCUCUUCUCUCGCUGGCAUUAGGCCAAGCGAGAUCACGUACCAUGCGAAAUUGACUGCAUGCCGGCAGUCAGGGAGCUGGCAGCCUGCACUCUACCUACUGGCAACUGGGAUGCCUUUGGCUGGAUUCGCUCCAAGCCUUUACAGUUCCAACGCAGCUUUGAGUGCAUGUGAAGCCGGCAGCCAAUGGGAGGCGGCCAUCAAUCUUUUUUUCACCUCCGCACCUAACCAGGAUCUGGUCGGAUUCAAUGCAGUGAUCAGCGUCUGUGGCAAAGCUUCGUGUUGGGAGACAGCCCUCCAGCUCUUGUCACAGAUGCCAGCAGCAAAACUUCAGCCUGAUGAGGUCAGCUAUGGAGCAGCUGUUGAUGCAUGCUCUCGGCAAGGACUGUGGCAGCAGUCUCUGCAGGUUAUCGCAAAUCUGCUUGCGCGACGGUCUCCUGUCAACAGAGUUUGUUGGAAUUCGAUAAUAAGUGCUUGUGGGUGUAGCGGCGACUGGCAACUCGCAGCAUCCGUGUUCCGUCAAAUGCAGGUUCAUGAGGUGUCUGCCGACGUCGUCAGCUUCGGGAGCUUGAUCUCUGCUUUCGAAGCAGCUUUGCGGUGGGAAUUUGCUUUGGAUGCAAUCGCUGUAAUGCACCGUUCGGAGGUUGUACCAGAUGCUGCGUGCUUCAACGCAGCUAUGCGUGCUUGCAAACCGGUGUGGGAAGUGGCUAUUCUGAUACUGCACGGCAUGGCUCGGCCGGAUGUUAUCAGCUACAGCUCUGCCCUGUCUGCCUGUGAAAAGCCAGGGAGAUGGGAUAUUGCAAUAGGCUUGCUCGAACUUAUGCGCUUGCAACUGCUGGAGGCAGACGUGAUUUGUUGGAGCUCGGGAAUCAGUGCCUGUGAGAAAUCAGGGUACUGGGAAUUGGCGACACGCCUGCUGCAUGACCUUCCUGCAAUACGCUGCUCACCCGACACCGUCUCCAUCAAUUCGGCGCUCAGUGCCUGUGAAAAGGCCGGAAAAUGGCGAGCCGCAUUGCAGCUCUUCUUCAGUUGCUAUAUGCAUGUACGGAGGGACACGAUAAGCCUGAAUGCUGUCCUCAGUGCCUGUGAGAAGGCUGGGCAGUGGCAAAUGGCAUCGCAUCUACUUGAGUCUGUAGCUUUGCAGAAAAUUGAAGCGGACACUGUCUCAUACAAUGCUGUAGUGGCAAGCUGCGAAGAUGGAAAGUGGGAGUUUGCUUUAGCGCUGCUGUACGACAUGCUAGCUGCAGCCUUACUGCCAGAUACAGUCACAUACAAUGCUGCCAUAAGUGCAGCAAAAGACGCAAGCUGGAUGCAUGCCGUAUCACUGCUACACUCCAUGAUUGUUGGGCGCAGCUCGCCAGAUGAAGUGAGCGUUGGCGGUACCAUGACAGCACUUCAGCAUGGACGGGACUGGCACGCAAGCCUGUCUCUGCUCAGAAAUAUGUGCGAGAUACAGGUUUAUCUGAGCCCGCUGGUCUACAGCGUGGCAAUUUCCACAUGUCAACUCUGUCAGGAGCAUUUGCAAAGUGCUGCUCUGUUCUGGCAGAUGCGCAGGAAAUACCUUGAGGGCGUCUCACCAUGUCUCGCCAUGCUUGCAUCGUCGUCAGAAACCGGCCCCUUUGCUGGUGCUGGUGUUUCGUCUGGGGGCGCUGCGCCGGCGUCAGCGGGUACUGCAGGGUAG